AUGGCGGCCUUUGUGAACAAUCAAGCAAAGCAAGAUGAGAAGAUCAAUGUCAUUCAACAAAGUGUGAGCAAGCUUGAGGUACAAAUGGGGCAACUAGCUAGUGAGCUUAAUCAAAGGAGGCAAGGUGUGUUUCCAAGCCAAGUAGAGACUAACCCAAGACAUGAAGCCAAAGCUAUUACCACCUUGAGAAGUGGAAGGCAAGUGGAGAACAAUGUGUACAUGCCUACCAAUGAGGAAGAUGUAACUCCAAGGGAGCCACCCGGUUUUGAAAGAAGAUCAAAGGGGAAAGCAAGAGAGUUGUCACAUGGAGAAGUCAUCUUAGGCUUCAAUGAUGGUGAAGCAGAAGCUUUGAAUGAUAAGAAGAAUGCUUAUGCCGAUGAGAAGCAAGAAGAAGCCUUGAAGGACAAUUUCAAUGCCAAGGUUGGAACUCAUGAUAAUGAAGACUCUCCUUCUACUCUAAUUGAAAGGCCAUUCAAAAGAGCCGUGAAGACAAUCCCAUCUUAUGCUAAGUUCUUGAAGGAUAUGUGCAUGAAGAAGAAAAAGUUCAAAGAACAUGAGCAAGUGGCUCUUUGUGAAGAAGUGAGUGCUAUCAUUCAAAGAAAGCUUCCACCAAAGCUCAAAGAUCCGGGAAGCUUCACUAUUCCAAGCAAGAUUGGAGAAACUACUUUUGACAAUUGCUUGAUGGAUCUUGGGGCAAGUAUCAAUUUAAUGCCCUAUUCGGCUUUAAAGAAGCUUGGUCUUGAAGGAGCUUUGAAACCAACUUCAAUCACUCUCCAAUUGGCGGAUAGAAGCGUGAGGUAUCCUAGAGGAAUCUUGGAGAAUGUGCUUGUCAAUGUUGCAAGGUUUGUGAUACCGGUGGAUUUUAUAGUCCUAGACAUGGAGGAAGCCCCCAUGGUUGACAAUGAGCUUCCUAUCAUCUUUGGAAGAGCUUUCAUGGCCACUGCCGGUGUCAAGAUUAAUGUGAAGAAAGGCACCAUGAGCAUGAAGGUACUUGGAGACAAAAUCAAGUUCCAAAUCUUUCCUCCCCUUCAAAUUCUGGAUGACAUGAAUGAAUGCUACUUUUUGGGUUACUAUGGAGAGGUAAGAGUAAGGGGAGAUGAGAAAAAUAAGAAAGAAGUUUGGGCACCUCUUCCGGUCUUACCAUGUUCACAAGGGUUUGAGUCACUCAUCACUCCCAUCAAGAAGAAUAAACAAAUUGGAGGAUUGCUCAAGGGAGCACUUGUUGACAUGGGAGCUUGCCUUGGAAGUUCAAAGAAGGUAAACAAGGGAGAUGGUUGUCUCAAGAAGCCCCCUUGA